GUGCUGCUUCAGGAGAAGCUGUUCUUUCCCGACAGCCGCUUGCAACCGGGGCAGGGAAAGAAGAUGACUUCUGCCAAGAAACUGCCAUCAAGUCUGAACACUGAGCAAAACCAAUCUCCUCAUCUGCCUCUCCACACAAAUCCUGGCAAUCUGGUAUGAUUUUUUUCUGUAUAUACAUUUUCCUGUAUGCUGGACCCCAAAACACUCGUGACCAAUGGUUCUUUGACAAAGCCUCAGGUUCUACUGUUUAAAACAACUUCAGGUGAAUAUAGUGCUAUACCACCUAUCUCACAGGUGGCACCCUGUACUUAUCCAGUCGAUCAAACCUUUUCAAAGCACUCACUCACUUGUGGGUCAUUUCAAGAGUUAAACACUGCCAUUGACAGAAAUAGGGUAUAUGACUACCCCAAUUUACAGCAUACUCUGUACAAAUGCAUCUCCAUCUUUUUGUCAUAG